CAGUGGUUGAGAGGCCGAUGCUGAGCUUAGGGUGGACCUAGUGACCUGGUGAAAGGUCUCAAGGUGGAUGGUGUCCCCGAUGAUUCUCUUUGUCUUUGAAACUCAUUUGGAUCGCUGGCCAUGCACAAGUUCUUAAUGGUGUGGAGGGCUUGCAUGAUGACGGUGACCAAGACGCACCAUUAAUACCCAUCCAUGUGUCAUCUAUAUAUCUGAACCCAUUUCACACGAAACCAGAGUUGUUGGCUGAGAGCCACACUUUUUAUCAAUGUUAAAACUCACCUGGUGUGUGAUGGCCAGUGCAUGAGUUUAGAUAGCAUGCCAGUGUUCCGCAAAAGAGGUGUGACACGCAAUUAAACAGUGGCAGUGUAAAGUUUUACAUAUGCAUCAGUGAUUUCUGAACAAUGAAACAACAGGGCAAUAACAUUCCAUCCAUGUCAUAUGGCAGUCGAUCUCAUUCUCUGUUUGGUGGAUGACGAUGCGUUGUUUCCUCAGUUUGCAGACAUUUUUGGUUGCUGUACUUCUUAUUUGAGUUAGCAGUUAACUGCUAAUCCUGUUUUAGGCAUACAACCAUUCAGCAAUGCUACUACCUCCACUGUUGGCACACACCACUGCUUUGAUGUCUUCACAACACAUUUACAAGUUGCAAUUUCUGCCUGAAUUAAGGUAUCAGGUUGACCAUGACGUGGCCAAAGUUGCCCAGUGUGGGGGACACAUUGAUGUUGUUAGUAAUAUAACAGUGAGUAGCUCUUCAACUCAGGUUCAAGGGAUCUACUUAUGGGCAAAACAAGAGAGAUAUAGUAUAUAUACAUAGCUGUACCUGUCAAACCUGUUGUGAGAAAAGAUUAGAAUUAUAGUAAAAAUUAAAUUAUUAAUUUACAAAGUUACACUGAAGUAGUUACAACACUGAAGGACACACACACACACACUCAAACAUAUACAUAUGUAAAUGCAGUGUAACCCAUCUGGUUGGACAAGACAUGUUUGUAUUAAUUAUGAUAAUUGAGUUAGGGUUGAUUAUUUAAGUUGAAAGGUUCUGCACAUGGCACAGUGAAAAGGGACACACAUCAAUACUGAUGUGUCAUUAUGGUAUGAAACCUCACAAACUACAUGUCUUUUGACUUUGAAUACUGAUAUUUCAACUCAGAUGUUGCUGUGGUUACACAUUCUGAAGGAAGUAUUCAGGUAUCUAAAAUGUGUUAUCAGUAUAUUUUACUAAUAGUAGAAAACUGAAUUGCAGGAAUCAAGGAGCAUGGAACCAAGAGUGACUAUUAAUGGGACUUCAACUGUUAAGGACAUACAUCCCUGCUAUGAAUCACAUAAUACAACUAUUGUAUUUACAAGCAACCCCUCCAUAAUAUGUGUUUUAUUAUAUGUUUUCCUUGGUUCAAUGUCUGUUGUGACAGUAUGUGGAAAUCUGCUUGUAGUGAUCGCCAUCAUUUACUUCAAACAGCUCCAUGUCCCUACUAACUACCUCAUACUGUCUCUGGCCAUGACUGACCUGUUUGUAGGUGUUGUAGUCUUUCCUUUUAGCAUGGCGUUCACUGUAACCUCAUGUCGGUUUAAUCCCGCUUUAUUUUGUAAAAUUCGGGGAAGCAUUGAUGUUACACUGAGUACAGCUUCUAUUUUGAAUUUAUGCUGUAUUUCUAUUGACCGAUAUUAUGCAAUAUGUCAGCCUCUCACUUAUAGAAGUAAAUUAACUCAUCAUGUUAUUGGGAUUAUGCUCCUGUUGAGCUGGGGAGUUGCUGCCAUAAUUGGAAUUGGCAUCAUGAUGGCAAGUUUUAAUAGAGAAAAAUGUGGAAACAGUUGUUUAAUUGAUGCUGUAUUAUCAACCAUCCUAGCAUGCGUUUUCUCUUUCUACAUGCCAGUCAUUACAAUGCUUAGUAUCUACCUGAAGAUUUUCCUUGUUGCCCAAAAACAGGCAAACAGCAUUCAGAACACAACCUGUCAGACCACAAAGUCUGGAGCAACUGUCAGUAAGAUGGAGAGAAAGGCCACCAAAACUCUAGCUAUAGUUAUGGGAGUUUUUCUCUUAUGUUGGACUCCUUUCUUUUUUUGUUUGACAUUUCUGUCUGCUAUUAAUACCAGAGUGUCACUCCCUGUGUUUGAAACACUCAACUGGCUUUCCUUAUCAAAUUCAAUGCUCAAUCCAUUUAUUUAUGCUUUUUUCUAUAGUUGGUUCAGGUCAGCUUUUAGAAUGAUAAUUUCUGGAAAAAUAUUUCAAGGUGAUUUUACAAACACAAAGCUCCUUUGACUUCUUCUUUAGAAAACUCAACUGGAAUAUAAAUUUGUCAGGUCAUUCUAAAUGGAAAGGAUGUCACAUAAAUUGUAUCAGCUUUUAACAAUAACACAUACAAGUAUACUGUAUAAUGCCAAAUGUCUGGAAUUAAUGCAACAGGUUUCAAUACAGAGUCAGCCAAAAUAAUGUAUACACACAUCAGGAACAAAGGGUAAUGCCAUCUGUUGGGAAAACAUUGUACAACACUACACAAUGUUAUCGUAAUACAAAUAAAUAUACAUAUAAGUACUAAUUAAAUACAUAUGCAUAUUUUUCUAUUCCUGAUGUGUGUAUACGUUAUUUUGGCUGACUCUGUAUAUGCAUUACACACAUGAUGUUACAAAAUGUUAUUGCAGAAUUUGUUGGCAUAUAUUUAAAAUUGUGAGUAAAAUAAAUUUUCAGGCAGGCAUUUGUAAAACUGUAUGUGACACUAAGGUCAGAUUAUGUAAUCAUGUAAACACUUUUGCCUCAUAAUGUGAGGGUGUGGCCAAGACACAUUUUUU